AUGGGUGCUGAUGACGAUAAAAAACAAAACAAUGGCAUUCGUGAAAUAGAAAAGCUCGGCGCCCUGCUUCUGAGGGUGCGAUGCCUAUCUGGAGCUGCCACGCUCCGCACUGCAAUCGCCGAGGCUUUUCGGUAUGUGGCUCUGUACUAUGAUACGGCGUACUACUUGAUGGGGGGCGUUUCGGGCCCCCAACCUAUUCCUGGGAUGACGGCGACUUUCCAACAGCGUCUUGGUGCAGAAGUUGCGAACCAAUUUCAAGUCGAGUCGGAGAAUCAGCCAGAUGCACUGGUGGCCGCGAUUGGCACUGGUACUGGUGCAAUCGGCCUCUUUCGACAGUUUAUUGACAGCGCAGGAGCCCAAGUGGGUGUUCUUCAUGGUACAAAAACACUGGUACUACGGCAUGACGAAGGCCAAAUUCUCGACUCUAGUUGCGUUUCUCCCGAUCUAAAUAUUUCCGUCGUCGGUCCAGAAGUCGCCAAUUGGAAAAUCAGUGGUCUAGUCGAGAUAUACCCCGUAACAGACGAAGAGGCACGCAGAGGAUUGGAUAUCUUAUCUAAGUAUAAGAAGGUCAAAGCCGGCUUGGAUUGCAGUCAUGCAGUGAUCAAGGCGAUGGAGAUAGCCAAAGAAUUGGGCCCGGUGAAGCAUGUCAUUCUUUUGGCGACCGGUGAUGAUGCAAUUGACACAUAG